GUUUCGAGGAACUGGCUCUAGUUUCGAUUCCUUUUUGUCGAAGCACUCGGUGAAUGUAUCUCAGGAAACCUUUCUAGCUUUCAUAGAGAAUCCGGGAUCAUUUUCAGUGCACAACAAAGAUGGGAAGACAUCAUAAGGCUUCUGUACUCCCUUUAUGUUCAAGAAAGAUAGACCUCAAAGGAGAUCCUGCAAAUGUGAUUAGAAAGACACUAUCUAGUCUCUGGCCGACUAGGAUCCAGAAAAUAAUUCUGCUAAUCAUCUCAGCCAUCUUCCUCACUCUAAUCAAUUGCUAUUUGUUUAUUCUACCGGAAUUGCCCCAAGCUAAUAACAAUCCUGAUGGAACAUGUCCAACUUCAUCAUACACUAUUCUUGGUCACCAAAAUACGACAAUCGGAUGUCAGCUUUGCCCAGACUGUGCCCCAGGUCACCAACUAACUCCACCAUGUGGCAGUAAAUUACAGCAAAAUGCUGCCUCAAUAACCUGUACGACAUGUCCAUCCCAAAGUUAUAAAGAGAGACAUGGUAGUGCAUCAUGUAAAGCCUGCAGGACAUGUCACCCGAGAGAGACCACUAGCCCAUGUACAUCAGAGACAAAUGCACACUGCGGAGGCUGUCCUCGUGGAACCUACCAAUGGGGCUACACAGUUGACUCUUGUAAAAAGUGCUCAACUUGCUGUGCAAUAAAACGCUUUGCUGAGGUGGAAUGCUUUUAUCUGAGGCGAUGCUUGAGAAAAAACUGCACCAAAGAAAUGGAAAGUGGGGAACGCAACCCUCAACAAGUAGAUGCUACAAAUUCUCAAAGUGUGCGAAUGCCUAAAAGAGUGACACCUCCUGUGCCAAUGCCACUCCAUGACCUUUCUUCAGGUAACAACUCAGACCAACUAAAAAAACAGGGUUUACAGGUCAUAGUAUCCAAGUUAACGAGAACAAGAGUUACAACAGAGGUGCUGCAGGCCAUACAAAGAGAAAAUGUAGAAUCUGCUUCAAAUGUGGCCAAGGAAGAAAUAUAUUCAACUCAAAUCAUCUCAAGCAGUACCCACAACACCACCACUGGAUCACAGAAGGGAUUUGGAACUCUUCCCAGUGGGAAUGCUGUGGAGCCAACGUUGCUGAUGGCUGUAAGCUACCUUAAUGAAACCAUUAAACACUUGAUAGCUGUGUUAAUUUCACUUGCAGUGAUACUUGGAAUUAUUGCACUUACUUCCGUUGGUUUGCUCAUAAUAAUAUGCUGUAAACCUCAGACAAGUGGUAUUACGAUGACCUGUUGUGCACAAUACAUAAAUCGCAAUUAUGAAGGAUUUGAGCCUGUUACAUGUGACACAACACCUAAAAAAGAUUAUGUUGACCUAGUCAAUGGCAUUCAGGACGCUUUGAACAAAACCACCUCAACAGAUGGCAAAGCUUCUGUUGACCUUGAAAGUUUGAAAUUGACCAACAUAUCCCAAGAUGUCGAAGACAUACUUGUUAAAACACUUGAUGUGCCCCUAAUGGGGAAAACUGAAUGCGGCUUUGAAAAAGUGGGAAAGGCACUGGAGAUUGAUGACCUUAAUCUUCAAUACUUGAAGAACAACAAAGAAGGGAGUCCAACUUGGCAACUGUUGGAAAUACUCAAAACAAAAAAUCCACAUUUCACUGUUGCUGAUCUACUACACCCAUUAAAGAACUAAAAGGAUAUAAAUAUCUUCAGACAUUGUUUUUAUACACUUCAGUAUUUAAACACAGUAUGAAAGUAAACAUACUGACCCAAAAAUGCUACUCCAGAGAGUACCUUGGCAAUUUAACUUUUACACUUGCAGGUUGAGUAGUACUUUGUGUAUACAUGAUUCUUGCCAUGUCAUUUAUUAUCAGCAGAAAUUGACUGUGCCAUCCUUCAUUAGCAUUAUUUGAAUAGAUGUAAAUAAUUAAGUAGAGCUAACUUAUUACCCAUGAGAUAUUAUAAAACACCUGUUUUAUAAAAUCUCUGAUUAAGCAGGCAAGGAAUUUGUUGAUUUGAGAUAGGGGAAGGAUUUGGAGGGAGGGCAUGUGAGGUGGCAUGCUUAAUUGAAAUUUGCUGAGGGUUAAAAGUGUUUAAUUCAUCAUUUCCCUUUUGAAGAGUUGGCCAAAUUGAACAGCAACAAAAUGAGGUAUGCACUUCUUUGUUGAAGAGCCUGUGACAUUUACUUCUGAAACUAGAACAGGAGUAAUGUUUUUCUCAACUUUAACCAAGAUCAAAAAGUUGCAAUAGUCCAGCCUAACAUUAGACUGUUUAGGCUGAAGGUAAGGAGGGAGGAAGGAAACAUAUAGUGGAGGGCUUUAAAUAUGGGGUGGUGGGAGAGCUUAUUCAUUGAACUUUGACUAGUUCAUGGUUUUCUAUUUGCACCUAGCUGAUCCCUGAAUAUGCCAUG